AACGUCAAGCUUGUGACUGGUCAUCGGCGGACGAAUCGUGGAAGUGGCGCAUUUUCAGUAAUUGGUGAUUGGAGAUCUCCAAAUAUUACACUGAUUAUUGGUUCCUGUGUUUUUAAUAACUUUAGCCGCGACUAAUGUUUUAUUAUUGUUCUAAAACAUUAUUUGAUUAAAAAUAAAGAGUUUAUUAUUCCGAGGUCGUCCGAUCGUCGCUUUAAACAAAGAUGUCCGUGUGCUUCUUUGUGCCCACAGAUCAAGCUGGCUCAUCAGCUGCUUCAGAGGAGCAAGAGACUGACUGCGGCGAAGAGACAGUCCUCGACAACAUACAUAACACACUACAGGCUUUCUGGACAAAAGUUAACGAUGAUAUGAAAAAGAUUAAUGCGGAUGACUUUAAAACCCAAGUGUUACCAUUGGCGAGGAUCAAGAAGAUCAUGAAGCUAGAUGAAGAGGUAAAGAUGAUAUCAGCAGAAGCACCGGUUCUAUUUGCGAAGGCAGCAGAGAUUUUCAUCCACGAACUGACUCUACGAGCUUGGUCACAUACUGAAGACAAUAAGAGACGUACAUUACAGCGAAACGAUAUAGCAACCGCGAUAACAAAAUCUGACCAAUUCGACUUCCUCAUAGACAUAGUGCCCAGACAUGAAGUGAAGCCGAGCAAGCCAAGGGAAGAGCCCCCCCGAGCUACGACUUCCUCUGAACAACUGGCGCAGCAGCAUCAGGCGACGAUGACCAACCACUCCCAGUUCGUCAUUCAACCUUGCGCGCAAAUCGUUCAGCAAUCGUCAAGUGCAGCGGCGAACACCUCCUCCAGCCAGCCCGUCACACUUGUCCAACAAGUGGUCACUUCGUCCGGUGAGGUGCAACCUUUACCGAUACAAUUAACCCAGGCUCAGUUGAAUAUGAUCCGGCUACAGAUACAAAAUAACCCGAACCAACCCAUCGUCAUACAAGCGCAGCCGCAACCGCAGCAGUCGCCACAGAUUAUACAAGUGUCUUCGCAAGCUCCCCAUCAACCACACCAAAUAUUCCUCGCCCAAGUCGCACCUGAAGAUUCCUAGUACGUAAUGGAAGAGUAAAUAAGAGACGCGAACACUUUAAUUGACAUUCAAGUGAAGUGCGAACACAAAAACGAUUUAAUGUUAACGAAGUUAAAGUGUAAUGUGUUGUUUAAUGUUGUACAUAUAAUGUUAAUUAUGAUUUUUUUAUGUGUUAACAAACAUCUUAGCGCUUUAACUUUGUAUACAGUAGGAGUCUGGGUAGGGGGCUAGGGUAGCUAACUGAGACUUCAUCAGACGAGUAAGUGCAUGAGAUCGAUACAUGAGCUCACAUUACACAUCAAUUCUCGUGAGUUGAGAUCUUGGCGCUCAUAUAUUUUUUUAUUUUAACUCUUGUUAGAUUAAUAUAACGGUAAAAGGAUUGAUUUAAUUAUGAGGUUUAUAUUAAAAAUAUUUGAAUUGUAGUUGUUUUAUCUCUUGGCGUAUUUUGGCCUGGCUAUAUUAUUUAUUACAUUUUUACCACUGGCAAGUUUAUUUUUAAAGAAAACUCGAAUUUUGUCGCUAUAACAUAUGUAUUAUUGUUUAUAUAAGUAAAAUGUAUGCUAAUUUGGCUUUUGUACAUGUGUGUUCAUCCACAUUUGUUAUAGAAUAGAUUUACCAUUAAUACUUACUGAUCUUGAUGAUUUUAUCUGCAAAUUAUUUUCUGAUAAAUAUAAAAACAAAACGUGUUACAUAUAUAAGCAUUAUUAAUUAAUGUUAAAUUACAAGUUUUUUGGGAGAACAUGAUGCAUCUAGAGAUAAAACGCCAGUACUUUUAAAGUGAACAUCAUCUUACAUUGGAAUUUUUUUAAUGGUUAUAUACAGUGUUUUGUUAUUUACAUUUUAAGAAAAAUAAAUA